CCAACUGAAGUGCAGCUGUCUGCUAGAAGAACCUGAACUACACUUACAUCAUAGAGGGUUGGGACUUCAUUUUUUGUUCCAGUACUAAUCUUGCUAUGUAGGUAUGAGGCUGACUCCAUGAGGACUGAAGAGGUCUACUGCUGAGUGUUUGAAAAGGCACCAGGACUUUCUAGAAAUUUCUGUUUUAAUUUGUUGCUUGUCUCCCUCACCACAAAGACAUGCUCUGGAUUAUCUUCCCCAUCACCCUCUCCCUGGUGUCCUUCAUUGGAACAUGGAGUGUAUAUGGCCUAGCCUUCUCCAACAACCAUGUGUGCUCCCUCAGUGACUGGGAAGGUGACAACGCUUGCAAAGGGAAUGUGUCCACUGGAUGUUGCUUUGUUCCAACCAUAAGCUCAAGUGGAAGCAAUCUACCAGAAAAUUCACUUUUUACAGCCACAAUCAAUGCUGGAUCCUUUCUCUUUCUGCUGUUCUGUAUAUUCCACCAUGCCCAUAUUAUGGAGAGACAUGCAUGUCAUUCCAUGCUUAGCAGGUUUGCACUGGUCUUUGGUGUGGUGGCGGCCAUGGGGGCAUUCGCAGCUGGAAACUGCAAUCCACUUUACCUGUCGCUCCUUCACUACCUCGGAGCCGCCAUCAGCUUUACGUGCAUCUGCUUCUAUGUUGUCCUGCUCACUGCGCUGACCAGGAAGUGUGCGCUGACAGGAUAUGAAAAGGUUCUCUACCCUUUUCGCAUCACCUCCACAGUAAUUCAAACCGUUGUCACCCUCUGCUAUACUGUUUUGUUCGCCCAAGAGGACCACUUCUACGUUCACCUAUCAGCUAUAUUUGAGUGGAUGCUUAGUGUCAACCUGGAGUUGUUUGAGCUCAGCUAUGCCGUGGAGUUUUGCUUCUUCUCGUCCUUCAUGCUUUCAAAUCUGCUGAGUAAACGAGAGGAGGAAAAGCCUUUGAUGAUGACAAUGUCCUGAUGUGAGGCUGUCAGGGUCGAGCUGAAGCACAGGGGCAGUGACGAUGGACUUAGUAAGACAACUGCAAAGAUUGUGGCUGGACCAUGGUUGCAGGGUCAAUAAUUUUUUUUUCCAUCACUCUGCUGAGAUGGAUUUAUAUCCAUGUAUGGAUUAUGACCACUUUCAUUCCUCCCUCUUGAUACUGUUGCCUGAAUUUGUAUGAUUUUCUUUACUGGGCAUUUCUGUUCCUCAGGUAAAACAUUCUUUUAUUUAUUGAAACAAACCAGCCUGUACAGCAAUUUGAACAAAACAUAUCAGCCAUAUUGUACUUUUGCACAAGUGAUGUUGAUGCUCUGCCAGACAACAAUUAGCCUGAGGUGUCAUACACUGAUACCUUAUUUACAGUAUGUUGAUCAAUUUUUUGUUAGAUUUUUUUGUGCGAUAACUUUUCGUUGGAUGUUGGCAUUAUCAGCAAUGAACUAAGAAUUUCUCGUUUUGUAAUGUUAAGGUCAGCAUUUACAUAUAGCCAUGGCACUUUAAUAAAAUCAUGACUGUUAUGCAAACUGGCAAUACACAGUUCUGAUGCACAGAUUUGCCUGUGAAGCUCUAUCAUAAGGGUGGAGGACAUAUUCAGAGAUUUAAAGUCCCUGUAACGUCACAAGAUCCUGUUUGACUGGAUGACUGAGUGACAGAAAAAUUAGUUUGACAUUCAUUUACACAAAAUCCUAAACACAAGAAGGGCAACACCUUAACAGGUUAAGAUGCAGAGGUAUUACGUCGAAUGUUCUCAAUGCACUAAAGCGUGGGUGUUGUCUGUUCUUAGGUGGGGUCUAUUAGUAUAAUUAUGUGUAUGUGAGCAUUAAACUAUUGUGAUGACAUCUGAAUGUCAUUCACGUUUGUACAUAUUUUCUCAACUUUCUCAACCCCAAAGUUAGAACAGGUCUGGUUAGAUAUUUAUGUAUUUGUGAUCUUGUUCUUGUUUUUCUUUAGGUGUUUGCUAACAAAUGCACCAUAUCACCUUUAAAGGUGUUGUGUUCACAACUUAUUUUUGCUGCCCCCAGAUGGCCAAAACAUUAGCUACUGCAGGUUCAAGUCUUUUCAUGACUCAGUGCUAUACUUCAGACACUGUGAAACCAUAAAUUCUCACAAAAUGAGGCAACAUAGCUCUGGUUUUAAUGCAAAGCACUUAACCUUUACUUGAAAGAAGGUAAUAUACAUCCUGGAAUUACAGAUAAUAAAGAUACAUUAUGAGCAAAGUCAUUUCACAAUGAAUAUCAUCUUUCUUUCGCAUCAACCAAGAGAGGAGUGCGACAUUAUCUACAGUUUUUGUUAGGAAGAAAACAGUGAAAAGCACACCUAAGUCUGUCAGCAUCUUUACUGUAUGGUACACUGUAAAAAAUGUCAUCUAUAUGCAGUAGUCCACAUUAUUAACCUUAAUAACAAAAGAGGAAAAAAAAACGAUUUGAAAAAACACGAGUUUCAUGGUUGUGUUUCAACUAAGUAGUUCAACUGCAAUGCAUACAUUAUAAAUAAAUGUAAGGGGAAGAAAAAAAAGUUCAAAAA